GGCUCCGACCGAGCGCCGUCCGGACGGUCCGCCCUGAGGCGCGAUGGCCGCGAUGGCGGCGGUGGAGGCGGCGGCGGGGUCUGCCGGGUCGCCGCUGCCGAGGCUGUCCGUGGCGCUGUGCGAGGCGGCGGGCGGCGCGUACGGCGGAGGCGAGGCGGUGUCCGGGCGGGUGUGGCUGGAGGUGGCGGCGCCGCUGGCCGUCCGCGCCCUCCGCCUCGAAGCCGCCGGCCGCGCCAGGGCCGCUUGGAGCGAGGCCGCCUGCGUGUCCGGCGCCGCCGCCGCCGCCGCGGGGUUGGAGGCCGAGGUGCCCUACCUGGACGUCCGGCAGGACCUGCUGGGGCGAAACGGUGAGGAGGACUUAAUCCUGCUGGAAGCUGGAAAACAUGAAUUCCCCUUCAGCUUUCAACUCCCCCAGCAACCCCUGGCAACCUCUUUCACAGGAAAGUACGGCAGGAUUGAGUACUGUGUUACAGCGACCCUGGAAAGGCCUGUGGCCCCUGAUCAGACCGUAAAGAGAGAAUUCCAAGUUAUCAACCAUAUUGAUGUCAAUUCUCCAGCUUUACUGACCCCUGUAAUACGUAGCCAAGAGAAGAUGGUCGGAUGCUGGUUCUUCACGUCUGGUCCGGUGUCUCUGAGUGCCAAAAUCGAGAGGAAGGGCUACUGUAAUGGGGAAGCAAUACCAAUUUACGCCGAAAUUGAGAACUGCUCCUCCCGCUUAAUAGUUCCAAAAGCUGCCAUUUUCCAAACCCAGACUUAUCUGGCGAGCGGCAAAACGAAGACCUUCCGUCAGAUGGUUGCCAACGUUCGAGGAAACCACGUCGCCUCUGGGAGCACCGAUUCCUGGAAUGGGAAGACGUUGAAGAUUCCACCUGUCACGCCUUCUGUCCUGGACUGCUGUAUUAUCAGAGUUGAAUAUUCCUUAGCUGUCUACAUUCAUAUUCCUGGUGCUAAGAAGCUGAUGCUCGAGCUGCCGCUGGUGAUUGGCACAAUUCCCUGCACGGCGUUCUCCAGCAGAAACUGCAGCCUUGCCAGCCAGUUUGGUAUGGACAUGAGUUGGCUGGCACUCACCUUGCCCGAAAACCCAGAAGCACCCCCCAAUUAUGCUGAUGUUGUAUCGGAGGAAGAGCUCUCAAGACACGUCCCAGCAUACCCUCAGCAAAUCGACUGUGAGGAACCGCUGUGUUGUCCAAUGUUUGCCUACAUACAGGAAUUCCGGUUUCAACCGCCACCUCUGUAUUCUGAGGUUGACCCGCAUCCCGUACAAGACCGACAGCCUGUUUCAUUCAUGGUUUGAUGAGAACUUGGGGAAUAUCUUUUUUUUCCCUACUGCCUCUGCUUGUAAGACAGCUUUUUAAAAUUCUAAAGAAAAAAACAUUUUCCUUCUUGGAAACAGGCUUCAAGGGCGACGGACCCUAAAGUCAGGGUGUUGGUCUCUCUUCUCUGAGAGAAGAGAUGAUGGAGAAUGUUAUGGACUACAUGACAGAAAAAGCCACUGUGGUCAGAUCACCGGGUGAAGUGGACUCUGUCGCUCACUACCUGUGGCAAGUCGGAACAUGUCUGAGAAGAAAGAAGGUCUCUAAGUUGGUGUAAGCAGCACACCAAAGAUGCUAAGAAGAGGUCUCUGAAUUUCUGACUUAAUCCAUGGUCAAAAAUAAGCUUUUGGUUUCGUUUAAAAACACAGAGAGAGAAAUCUGGACUCUCUGACAUCCAUCAAGUGGUACGAUGUAAAUGCAUCUUGAUUCUGAGGGGUGGUAGACAUUCCAUAGAGAGACAGUGUGGCGUAGUGGUUAAGAAUGGCGGACUCUAGCCUGGAGGAUCAGGUUCAAUUCAAAUCCCACUCUUCCACGCGAGGUGACCUUGGGCCAGUCGCAGUCGCCUCCAAACUGCCUGAGCUCGUACGGAAGAUGGCGAUGGCAAACCCCCUCCGGAUGUCUUAUGCCUUGAAAACCUUGCAGGGUCUCCGUAAGUCAGCGGUGAGACUGCUGCGUUUCCGUGCACCACAGAUACUCCAUCUGCAUGAUGAAGGGACAAGCUGCUCAACGUACAAAGAGCCAGAAGUUCGCAGCUGGGACCACGCUCGGUUUUUGUAGCUUCUCUGCACUUUUUUUCAGAAAGGGAAUCGGAUGAGGUUUUUCCUACUGCUCUGCUGGCUCUUGGCCUCCUGCAGCUUCAGCUACGGGGCACGAUCCAUCAGGGCUGCCAAACAUUCCACCUUGCGCCUCCCACUGUUUUGCACCGCUGCCAUCAAGGCACUUAGUUCGGUAUCUGCAGGUUGAACAUGGUCAGAUCACUCGGCACUGGGAAGAACGUCUGUUCAGAUCCCUCGUUGCCAACAAUGGAUUUGUGUUUAAAAGCCUUAAAAUAAAAUUUAAAAGCCUACCUCUCUUUAGAAAUGGAAACCACAGAGUAUAAUUCUGCAGGCUUGCUUUAGCCCUUGUUUGGUUCCUCGUUUUAAUCUAUCAAAAAGGUAAAAGGAAGAAUUGUAAAUACGCCCAGCUUGGCUGCAGGACUGCAUGUGAAGAUCUUGGGCGUGGCAGUCAUUGGAGGGAACAAACUUUAAAAAAUAAUUUUUCAGUAAGAGUUCUCUGUAAAAGCAAAAAGACUCGUGUGCUCAGUGGAGCAAUCUGAUUUAUCAGGGCGCUGUCCUUUGCUAUCUCUUUUUGUUUCUUUGUUAGCCAGUAUGGUGUCGUGAUUAAGAGCUGUGGACUUUAAUCUGGAGAACCGAGUUUGAUUCCCCGCUCCCUACAUGAGCAACAGAUUUUGAUUUGGCAAACUGGAUUCAUUUCCCCACUUCUACGCUUGAGGCCUGCUAGGCGACCUUGGGUCUCUCAGAACUCUCUCAGUCCCACCUGCCUCACAAGGUGUCUGUUGUGGGGGGAGGAUGGGAAAGGAGUUUGUAAGCCACUUUGAGACCCCUUACAGUUGAGAAAAGCGGGGUAUAAAUCCAAGCUCUUAUCUUGUUUUCUUUGGGUGCAAUAUAGUUCCCGCCCCCCGCCCCCCUUAGCACAUAAGAUUUUGCAACUGAUGCCACAGUCAUGGCCGGUCAGAGCUGCUUUACACAUCACGGGAAACACAACUGCUUUUCAAGUACAUUCACAAGUUCAAGAAAUCUCAGUCGAUCAGACAGCAGCUGAUAACGAUAGUUCCACAUUUACUCCAGGUUUAAGACCCAAAUCUUCGAUUCUGCAUUGACUUGCACUGUAAUUGUAUGACCUUGAAUCUGCGUAGAAGUAUCUGACAAAAAUUGUUCUCAGAGAUUGUUGAUACAAUCCAUGCAGACAUUUUGCACUCUCUUUGCACUGCUGCACAGGAGCAGCGGUGGUGUAGUGGUUAAGAGCAGGUGUACUCUAAUCUGGAGGAAUCGCGUUUGAUUCCCCGCUCUGCUGCUUGAGCUGUGGAGGUUUAUCUGGGGAAUUCAGAUUAGCCUGUGC